UUAGGUAUUUUCUUAUUGUCUGGGUGCUUACACUGAUAAUAAACCUUGGGAGCAAGCUUGCUAGGGUUUUAUCACCUAAUCGACCAUGGAAGGCCUUGAAAUGGAGGAACCUGCAUUUUGCACAGACGAAGGCGACGAUGAUUUGUGCAAUUCAAUCAUCUCUCGUUUUGGCAACUCAUCGGAGGAAAGCCACCAGCGCCUCUGCGCUGUCAUCGGCGCCAUGUCGCAGGAGCUCAAAGACAACAACAAACCCUCCACUCCGUUUGCCUACUUCUGUGCUGCACGUCUUUCCCUUGACAAAUUCACGUCUGAAUCCAAUCCCUCCAGCCAUAUCAUCGACGCGCUUCUCACCGUUCUCUCACUUGCCAUCCCCAGAGUCCCCCGCGUCCUGUUGAAGAAGGAGAGUCUGCAGGAACAGCCAUUGUCCGAGAGCCUUCUGCGAGUUCUCCGAUCUCCGUCCGCAUCGGAGAGCGCUAUUGUUUCCGGAUUGAAGUGCCUCUCACAUUUGUUGAUUGCUAAGGAAAGCGUGGACUGGUCUGACGUGUCUCCCUUAUUCAAUGUCUUGUUAGGAUUCCUUACGGAUGCAAGACCAAAGGUCAGAAAGCAAUCACAUUUGUGUCACCGUGAUGUCUUGUUAAACUUUCAAAAUUCUUCACUAUUGGCGUCUGCAAGCGAGGGAGUCACAGGCCUACUUGAAAGGUUUAUAUUGCUUGUUGGUGGAGCAAAUGCAAGUACUGGUGAAGGAACUAAGGAAGCUCAGCAGAUUCUGUAUAUUCUUGAUGCCUUGAAAGAUUGUCUUCCUUUUUUGUCACGGAAAUCUAAGACCAGCAUUCUUAAUUACUUCAAAUAUCUCUUGGAUCUGCAUCAACCCCUAGUCACAAGGCGCAUUACAGAUGGUCUGAGUUUUCUCUGUCACUAUCCAUUGUCAGAAGUUUCCCCUGAAGCGCUACUUGAGUUGUUAAACACAUUGGCCCGUUCUACGGAAUCAAAUAAAAUGUCUGGAGACAGAUUAACAUUUACUGCUCGCUUGCUUGAUGCUGGAAUGAAUAAAGUUUAUUCUCUUAACCGACAAAUAUGUGUUGUCAAGCUUCCCACUGUCUUUAAUACCCUUAAAGAUAUUUUGGCAUCUGAACAUGAAGAGGCUGUAUAUGCAGCCACUGAUGCACUCAAGAGCAUGAUAUGUUCUUGUAUUGAUGAAAGCUUGAUUAAACAGGGAGUGGAACAGAUCAGUUUGAGUGAAAACAAAGAAUCGAGGAGAUCAGCACCAACCAUCAUUGAAAGAAUUUGUGCAACUGUUGAGAGCUUGUUUGAUUAUCACUACACUGCAGUCUGGGAUAGAGUAUUCCAAGUUGUUUCAGCUAUGUUUCAGAAACUAGGAAACCAGUCGCCUUAUUUUAUGAGAGGGAUACUAAAGAACAUGGAAGAAGUGCAGAAGCUUCCAGAUGAAGAUUUUCCAUUUAGGAAACAGCUGCACGAAUGCUUUGGAGCAGCUCUAGUAGCAAUGGGACCUGCAACUCUGUUGUCCUUUGUACCUCUGAAUUUGGAAGCUGAAGAUUUAUCUGAUGCAAAUGUCUGGCUUUUUCCAAUUCUAAAACAUUAUAUUGUUGGUGCACCUUUACAUUAUUUUACUGAAGAAAUUCUGGUAAUGAUCAAGCGUAUGAGGGAGAAGGCUCAAAAGCUUGAGAAGCAAGGAUUGAUGGUGUCAUCAAGGAAUGCAGAUGCAAUUGCAUACUCGUUGUGGUCUUUGCUGCCUUCAUUUUGCAAUUAUCCUUCAGACACUGCUAAAAGUUUCAUGAAUCUAGAGAAACAUUUGCGUAGUAAGAUGAAAGAAGAACCUGAUAUUCGUGGAAUAAUAUGCACUAGCUUGCGACUUCUGAUUCAGCAAAACAAUAUUUUGGAUUUAGAACACAAGGGUUAUAUUGGUGAGGAUAUGGCCAAAGAACAAGUUCACUAUUCACAACAGGUUGCAACAGACAAUUUAUAUGUACUGAAAUCAUCUGCAAAGAACUGGUUAAAAGAUUUAUCAGAAGUAUUCCUUAAAUCUACGAAAGAUGAUGGUGGUUGUUUGCAGUGUACAAUUGGUGAUGUUGCUUCUAUAGCAGAUAAAGCAGACGUAAGGAAUUUGUUCAAGGAAAAAAUGGUGAAGCUUUAUAAAAUCACUCAGAAAGCCAGAAAAGUAGGAAGCUCCACAAAUUCUCAUUCUAUGCAGAUUGAUGAUGCAUCAAACAAUUUGUCUCCAUCAAUUUUAAGGGCACAGCUUCUUGAUUUAGCAGUUUCACUGUUGCCUGGUUUAGAUGCUGAAGAUAUUGCUCUAUUAUUUGAAGCAAUAAAGCCAGCAUUUCAGGAUGUUGAAGGUGUCAUGCAGAAGAAGGCAUACAAAGUACUUUCAAUCAUUCUUAAGAGCUCAGAUAGUUUUGUUUCAUUAAAGUUUGAGGAGCUGCUUGGAACUAUGGUUGAAAUUCUUCCAUGUCAUUUUUCUGCCAAACGACAUAGACUUGAUUGCCUUUAUUUCUUGGUUGUUCAUGUCUCGAAGUCAAAGGAUAACCUGGAGCACUGGCGAGACAUUUUCCUUACCGAAAUUAUACUUGCUCUUAAAGAGGCGAACAAAAAAACCAGGAACAGGGCUUAUGAGAUUCUUGUUGAAAUUGCCCGUGCCUUUGGGGAUGAGGAGAGAGGUGGAAACAGAGAAAACUUGAAUAAUUUUUUUCAGAUGGUUGCUGGACACUUUGCUGGUGAAACUCCGCAUAUGAUAAGUGCCGCAGCCAAAGGUUUAGCCCGUUUGGCUUAUGAGUUCUCUGAUCUUGUUUUAACUGCUUUGAAAUUGCUCCCUGGCACACUUGCUCUGUUGCGGAGUAAUAAUAGAGAGAUAAUCAAGGCCAAUCUUGGUUUUUUAAAGGUAUUAGUAGCCAAAUCACAAGCUGAAGGGUUGCAAACACACUUGAAAAGCAUGGUGGAAGGUCUAUUGAAGUGGCAAGACAACUCAAAAAAUCAUUUCAAGGCAAAGGUUAAACUUCUUUUGGGAAUGCUUGUCUCGAAGUGUGGGCUGGAGGCUGUUAAAGCUGUCAUGCCUGAUGAGCAUAUAAAACUUCUCUCCAAUAUACGCAAGAUCAAGGAGCGGAAAGAGAGAAAUCGAAGUGUUAAAUCUGAAGAAACUAAAUCUCACUAUUCAAAAGCAACUACAUCCAGGCAAAGCAUGUGGAAUCAUACAAAGAUUUUUUCAGAUUUUGAUGGGGAUAGUGGCAAUAGCGAAGCAGAACACUUGAUUUCUAGAGGUGGCAAAGCUUCCUUACAUCCGAAAUCAUCAGCAUCUUCAUUUAGGUCCAAUAUCAGGCUGAGGAAGAAUUUGCCGGAGCACUUGUCAGACGAAUCUGAUGAUGAGCCACUCGAUUUGCUUGAUCGGCAGAAAACAAGAUCAGCUCUUAAAACGUCAGAGCAUCUAAAAAGAAAGUCUAGGUUAGAUGAUGGGAUGGAGGUAGAUUCAGAAGGACGGCUGAUUAUCCGUGAGGAAGGGGAACGGAGGAAGAAAAAACGUGAGGAUGAUGAUUUUGAUUCUAGGAGUGAGCCUGAUAGUCACCUGUCUGCAAAAUCUGGAACUAAAGGCCAGAAACGGAGAAAAACAUCAGAUUCUGGCUGGGCCUACACAGGGAAGGAAUAUGGUAGUAAAAAGGCAGGUGGAGAUGUUAAGAAAAAGGACAAACUUGAGCCGUAUGCAUAUUGGCCACUUGAUCGGAAAAUGAUGAGUCGGCGGCCACAGCAGCGGGCUGCCGCAAGAAAAGGUAUGGCUAGUGUUGUAAAGAUGACCAAGAAACUUGAAGGAAAAAGUGCCUCCAGUGCACUGUCCCUACAGAAUAUGAAGCGAAAAAGGACUCAAAACAAAGGCAACAAAGGAAAUAAAAAGGCCGCAUGAGCGUAGGUUGAGAUUAUCGUAAUGCAUUCGCAUUAUGCCAAUUUUGAAGCUCCCUGUGCUGUAUAUCAGUUAAACUUAAAAAGAAUGUUGUUUUGUUUUCAUUCUUUAUUUUAUGAGAAAGAGAAGCAGGCUUUGGGGUUGCUGUUUUCUGUGAUACAAAUUGUAGUGCUCUUAAAUUGUUUUACAAUA